AUGACGGAGUCGACGAAUCACCCGCUUUCAGGGUUAUGGCAACCCACUCAGCUACAGAAGCUUUACUAUGGCAGCGGGUCCGUCAAGGGUCACCUGGCCCAAAGCCUGCCUACUCCUAAUUCUAAAGCAUUCAUCAUCACUGGCAACUCACUUGCGACCAAGACACAGCUUGUGAAGGACGUCGAAUCAUUACUAGGAUCCAAGCACGCUGGCACAUUCUCCAAGAUUGGUGAGCAUGCACCCGUGGCCCAACUGGACGAAGCGACGAAGAUAGUCGAGGGGGACUCGAGCGUGGACACCGUUGUGAGCAUUGGCGGAGGCAGCCCGAUCGAUUCCGCAAAAGCUAUAAGCUAUCGGCUGCAUGAGCAGACAGGGAAGUGGUUGUACCACAUCGCCAUACCGACAACGCUAAGCGCGAGCGAGUGCACCAUGAUGGCUGGUUACACGGAGUCGAAUGGCGUGAAGACAGGUGUCCGUGGCAAGGAAUUGGUCCCGCACGUCGUGAUAUACGAUUCCAAGUUCGCGCUCGAGACCCCUCAGAGGCUGUGGACGAGCACGGGGAUGAGAGCGCUAGACCAUGCAAUCGAGCUGCUAUAUCACCCAACGGCGACGGAAGCACCUGCCAGGUGGUUGACCCUACAAUCUGCAGCCAGUCUAUUUGAGAACCUUCCAAAGUAUAAAGCGGAUCCGAGGGACGAAGACACUAUCACCAAGCUUCAACUCGCAGCGUUCGCGAGCUUGGGCUUCCUUGGGACCAACAUCAAAGGCGGAUUAGGUUUGAGCCAUGCAUUGGGAUACGCGCUCGGGUCGCCGUACGGGAUCCCCCACGGUAUCACCUCUUGUCUUACGCUCGGGCAUGUUGUCAAGCUCAAGGCCGAGGAUCCAGCGGCUGCGGAACAGGUCGCACGUUUAUUACCUUUCCUCGGCGAGAGCAGGAGUCGAGACGAUAGGAAGGAUGCAGUGAAUGUUGGAGAGAGGAUACUAAAGCUAGUCAAGGAUCUCGGGCUAGACCAAGAUCUGAGGAACUAUAAGGUUGGUCAGGAUCAGAUCCCCGUGAUCACCAAGAGGGCGACCGGACAGGAAGAAGGCAACCUGUACAACGCUGUGGAGACGCUUGUGAAGGGGUUGUUCUGA